CACUCAGAUCCAUCCUGGGGACCAGAGCAGAAGCGGUCCUCAUUGCACCCAGUCUCUGCUUGGGCUCCCGCUUCUUCUUUGCCGCUGGGCCUUGGCCCAGAAGCCAAGACGGGCGACACGGAGCCGCCAGUGCUGGAGGGGGAGCCAUGGGUGCGGGGCAGCGUGGGGGCAGAGGCCCCCGGACGCCCUCCCGGCCCCAGGCCCCGCUCUGCCCGGGCGCCCCCGCGGGUGCCCCCCCCUUCCUGGUCCGAGCAGUGUGAGUGUGCCCGGGAGCCCGGCGGCGGCGGCGGAGUGGAAACUGGCGUGGGCUGGGGGGUCCGAGCUGCGGGGGGCAGUGCCAUGCACAAGCACCAGCACUGCUGUAAGUGCCCCGAGUGCUAUGAAGUGACCCGCCUGGCCGCCCUGCGGCGCCUCGAACCUCCUGGCUACGGGGAUUGGCAGGUGCCCGACCCCUAUGGGCCAGGUGGGGGUAAUGGGGCCAGCUCCGGUUAUGGGGGCUACAGCUCGCAGACCCUGCCCUCACAGGCAGGGGCCACCCCCACUCCUCGCACCAAGGCCAAGCUCAUCCCCACCGGCCGGGAUGUGGGGCCAGUGCCCCCUAAGCCAGUCCCAGGCAAGAGCACCCCCAAACUCAACGGCAGUGGCCCCAGCUGGUGGCCUGAGUGCACCUGUACCAACCGGGACUGGUAUGAGCAGGUGAAUGGCAGUGAUGGCAUGUUCAAAUAUGAGGAGAUAGUACUCGAACGGGGCAACUCUGGCCUGGGCUUCAGUAUUGCAGGUGGCAUCGACAACCCCCAUGUCCCUGAUGACCCUGGAAUCUUUAUUACCAAGAUCAUCCCUGGUGGAGCAGCUGCCAUGGAUGGAAGACUAGGGGUGAAUGACUGUGUUCUGCGGGUGAAUGAGGUGGACGUGUCGGAGGUGGUGCACAGCCGGGCCGUGGAGGCGUUGAAGGAGGCAGGUCCUGUGGUGCGGUUGGUGGUGCGGAGGCGACAGCCCCCACCCGAGACCAUCAUGGAGGUCAACUUGCUCAAAGGGCCCAAAGGCCUGGGUUUCAGCAUUGCUGGGGGCAUUGGCAACCAGCACAUCCCGGGAGACAACAGCAUCUACAUCACCAAGAUCAUUGAGGGGGGAGCUGCUCAGAAGGAUGGACGCCUACAGAUUGGGGACCGGCUGCUGGCGGUGAACAACACCAAUCUACAGGAUGUGAGGCACGAGGAAGCUGUGGCCUCACUGAAGAAUACAUCUGAUAUGGUCUAUCUGAAAGUGGCCAAGCCAGGCAGUCUCCACCUCAACGACAUGUACGCUCCCCCUGACUACGCCAGCACUUUUACCGCCUUGGCUGACAACCACAUAAGCCAUAAUUCCAGCCUGGGUUAUCUCGGGGCUGUGGAGAGCAAGGUCAGCUACCCGGCUCCUCCUCAGGUCCCCCCCACUCGCUACUCUCCUAUCCCCAGGCACAUGCUGGCCGAGGAGGACUUCACCAGAGAGCCCCGCAAGAUCAUCCUACACAAAGGCUCUACAGGCCUAGGUUUCAACAUCGUAGGAGGAGAGGAUGGAGAAGGCAUUUUUGUCUCCUUCAUCCUGGCAGGAGGCCCAGCCGACCUGAGUGGGGAGCUGCGCAGGGGAGACCGGAUCUUAUCGGUAAAUGGAGUGAACCUGAGGAAUGCAACUCAUGAGCAAGCUGCAGCUGCUCUGAAACGGGCUGGCCAGUCAGUCACCAUUGUGGCCCAGUACAGACCUGAAGAGUACAGUCGCUUUGAAUCGAAGAUACAUGACUUGCGAGAACAAAUGAUGAACAGCAGCAUGAGUUCUGGGUCAGGGUCCCUCCGAACAAGUGAGAAGAGGUCCUUGUAUGUCAGGGCCCUGUUUGACUAUGAUCGGACUCGGGACAGCUGCCUGCCAAGCCAGGGGCUUAGUUUUUCUUAUGGUGACAUUCUACAUGUCAUUAAUGCCUCUGAUGAUGAGUGGUGGCAGGCAAGGCUGGUGACCCCACAUGGAGAGAGUGAGCAGAUUGGCGUAAUCCCCAGUAAGAAGAGAGUGGAAAAGAAAGAGCGAGCUCGAUUGAAAACUGUGAAGUUCCAUGCCAGGACAGGGAUGAUUGAGUCUAAUAGGUCGAUCAAAACGAAACGUAAAAAGAGUUUCCGCCUCUCUCGAAAGUUUCCAUUUUACAAGAGCAAAGAAAACAUGGCCCAGGAGAGCAGCAUACAGGAACAAGGACAAGAAGAUGCUAUUUUGUCAUAUGAGCCAGUGACAAGGCAAGAAAUUCACUACGCAAGGCCUGUGAUCAUCUUGGGUCCAAUGAAAGACCGAGUCAAUGAUGACCUGAUCUCUGAGUUUCCACAUAAAUUUGGAUCCUGUGUGCCACAUACCACCCGGCCUCGGCGUGAUAAUGAGGUGGAUGGACAGGACUACCACUUUGUGGUGUCCCGAGAACAAAUGGAAAAGGAUAUUCAGGACAACAAAUUCAUUGAGGCGGGCCAGUUCAACGAUAAUCUGUAUGGGACCAGCAUCCAGUCAGUGCGGGCAGUUGCAGAGAGGGGCAAACACUGCAUCUUAGAUGUUUCCGGCAAUGCUAUCAAGAGACUGCAGCAAGCACAACUUUACCCCAUUGCCAUUUUCAUCAAGCCCAAGUCCAUUGAAGCACUUAUGGAAAUGAAUCGACGGCAGACAUAUGAACAAGCAAAUAAGAUCUAUGACAAAGCCAUGAAACUGGAGCAGGAGUUUGGAGAAUACUUUACAGCCAUUGUACAGGGUGACUCACUGGAAGAGAUUUAUAACAAAAUCAAACAAAUCAUUGAGGACCAGUCUGGGCACUACAUUUGGGUCCCAUCCCCUGAAAAACUCUGAAGAAUCCCCUCCAACCAUUCUCUUGUGAACAGAAGAAAUCAAGUCCCUCUUCCCUCCUCCCUCUUCAUUCCUGUCCCCAUGGGGAGAACAAAUGACUACUGUUCUUGUCCCAUUUUUUAGAUAUGUCAAAAAAAAUUGAGUUUUCUAGUCCUGUUCUUUUUUUUUUUAAUUUUUGUUUUGUUUUCAUUUAUUUUUUGGGAUGAUGCCAUCUCACUCAUCAUGUGACUGUGCCCAUUCCUGCAUGGACCUUUCCCAAGCACUAUCACAGGUGCAAAUCCGUCAGAGCCAUUGUUUUCAUAAAAACCAAGCAGAAGAGAAGAGAGGAGGACUGAUGGAAAGACAGACUCUGGACAGCUGCAUGGCUUGUGAAGUGAGCUAAAUGCAGCAUAUGAUGAGGUGCUCCUGGGCACUUCUCCCCAUCUGUACUGCUGUCUUGCAGCUCUGAACAGUGCAACGUAAUGGCAACAGGAAGUAUCUUAUUUAUAUAUAGAUAUAUAUAUGUAAUUUAUAUAAAAUAUAUAGAAAUUAUUAUAUAUAUAUAUUAUACACUCUCCUAUAAUAUAUAUAUAUAUAUAUUCACACACAUUGGGACUAGAAAAUCUAUGGAGACUUCGUCAAUGGUACUAUGUUAUUAGAGAAACGCUUUAAUUUUCAUAUUCCAAUCAGAUGGCAUCUUAUAUCCCACCUGGUUGAGAAGGGUUUGAGAAUGGUAGAAAGUUCUGUACGGAGGGCAUGCACACUUGGUCAUUCUCUUGAGAGCUAAGGCUUACUCUUGGCAGGGUCAGCCUGAGGCCUGAGAGAAAGGGCUUUGGCCUGGGAGCGUGAAGUUUGGAGACUUGACCUGAGAGCAGCUGCUGCCCUGAGGUUCAGUCAGUCCUGUGUGCGGAGAGAGAGAGAGAGAGAAUGGCUAAUGAUGCUCCAUAUAAAAUUGCCUAUUGUUUUAUGCCACCUGAUGUGUCUGCAUGAGAGGUUUCCUUUUUGUUCAUUUUUAAGCUGCUGUUAAACCAAAAUCAUGUUGUG